AUGCAGCAGGUAGCGGAGGGCUCAAGGGGGGACCCUCCUGGCGAACCUACCCCUUCUGCAGCAGCAGAAUCUGCUGCUGCUCCUGCUGCAGCAGCAGCAGCAGCUAACAAUGACACAAUACUGAGCAAUGCCCCCAGCAGCAGCAGCAGCGCAGCAGCAGAUGCAGCAACAGCAGCAGAAGCAACAACAGCAGAGAAACUGCAGCAGCAGCAGCUGGAAGAACAUCCUUGCUCCAGAAUGUGCGAGAGCAGCACCACUGACGGCUGCAGCAGCAGCAGCAGCAGCACCGACAGCAGCAACAGCAGCACCCACUGCAGCAGCAGCAGCAGCAGUCGAAGCAGCAGCAGCAGCAGCAGCCUUUCUGCUUCUCCUUCAGGCCGCCGCACCCCUUCGUCUCCUUCUCGUAUGGCAGGGGAGGCAGCACUAGCCAGGGCAGCAGCAGCAGCAGCAGCUGCUGCUGCUGCUGCUGCAGCAACAACAGCAGAAGAACCCCCCACGCCCACAACAGCAGCAUCGACACCAACAGCAACAGCAGCAGCAGCAGCAGAAGAUGAAGACGAUGAAGAAAAAGAAAAAGAAGAAGAACCCGUACCCGCAACAGCAGCGCCAACAGCACCAGCAGCAGCAGCAACAGCAGCAGCAGCAACAGCAGCAGCAGCAACAGCAGCAGCAGCAGCAGCAGAUGAUGAAUCUGAUGUCGAUCAAGUGCCGCAAGAAGGAUCAGCAGGCCCCGUCCCUCUUCAAAAUAUCCCCUGGUCAACCCCUCGAAGAAGCAGCCAACAGCAGCAGCAGCAGCAGCAGCAGCAGCAAGAGCAGCAGCAGCAGCAAGAGCAGCAGCAGCAGCAGCAGAAGCAGCAGGUCCGCUGCCCGGAAUGUCGGGUAGUGUUUGCUGCUCAUGAAUUAAACGAUCAUCUCUUCUCGCAUGCAAUAGAUGCUCUGCAGCAGCAAGCGCUGCAGCAUGUGGCUGCGCGCAGCAGCUGCAGCAGCAGCAGCAGCAGCAGCAGCAGCAGGCGACCAGGACCGCUGCAACGAACGCGCUCUGAAAUACUACCGAUAUCCCCUCCCUUGCGUCCAGCAGCAACAGCAGCAACAACAACAGGAGCAGCAGCAACAGCAAGAUCAGCAACAGCUACAGAAGCAAGAACAGCAGCAGCAACAGCAGCAGCAGCAACAGAAGCGCAGCAGGCAGCACCGCGGCGUAUAUAUGGAGGUUUCAGCAGAGCAGCUACGGGGUCUCCAAGCCCUAUUGCUUCUUCCUUUGCUGCAGCAGCAGCAGCAGCUGCUGCUGCUGCUGCUGCACGACCCCCGCUGCAGCGGCGCGCAACCAGCAGCGGUCUCCCCAGCCAGCAGCAGCUCCUAUACCUUGAAGAAGGCGAAGAACAGCAGCAGCAGCAGCAGCAGCAGCAGCACUCACGCUUUGCUGCAGCGACAGCAGCACAUCGCGUCUCCUCAUACUCUCCCUCCAGCAGCAGCAGCAGCAGCAGCAGCAGCAGCAGCAGGUUAGUAACGAGGUUCUCGGCAGGCGGAUACGCACCAGCGCGCAGCAGCAGCCACACAGACGUUCCCUCUCAUCAUCAUUUGCUGCAGAGGCAGCAGCUGCAGCAUCUGCAGCAGCAGCAACUGUUGCUGCUGCAGCGGCAGCAGCAACAGCAGCAGCAGCAGCAGCAGCAGCAGCGACACCGGCGGUAUAUCAGCAUCAGACAAGAUAGCCACCAGAUGAGAGAGUGCUUAGAGGGGGUUGCUCCUUAUGUAUGGAGUAGAGACUCUAAUGAAAAUAUAUUUGCUGCUGCUUCGUCUAGAAAUGCUGCAGCAGCAGCAGCAGCAGCAGCAGCAGCAGGACGCAUGCCACCCCACAGCUGCGGCCUUCAAAGGACCCGCAGCGAUCAGCUGCAUGUACACUCCGAGAGCAUAGGAGCACCAGUUAGGCUGCCAGGUGGAAGAACAGCAGCAGCAGCAGCAGUAGCAGCAGCAGAAGCAGCAGCAGAAGCAGCAGCAGCAGCAGCUUCGGACGAGGAAGACAGAAGCCGUAGGUGGCAAUACACCCGAAGCAGCAGCAGCAGCAACUUUAUUCGAGAAGGUAUGGUGCUUCCUACUUGGGGGGAUGUGCUGUCUCGCGAGGGUUUAAUACCCUCUAGGAUUGCUGCUGCAGCAGUAGCAAGCAGCAGCAGCAGCAGCAGCAGCAGGAGAGCAGCAGCAGAGGCAGAGCGCAACCCUUGGAGAGCCCUGCCUCGUACAAGGUCAGUGCAGCAGCUCCCAGCAUCAGAGCAGCAGCAGCAGCAGCAGCAGCAGCAGCAGGCUUAUUACCAAGGGUAUGGGGGCCGUGUGCUGCAGCAGCAGCAGCAGCAGCAGCUGCAGCAUUCCUAUAGAUAUUCUCAUGCUGCUUUACAUGCAUACAACCCGCAUGGUGUUGCGGUGUAUAGGCAGCAGCGACAGCAGCAGCAGCAGCAGGAUCAGCAGCAGCAGCAGCAUAACCACAACAACCACGCCCAUCACCAAGAUCAGCAGGAGCAGCAGGAGCAGCAGCAGCAGGAGCAGCAGCAGCAGCAGCAGGAUGUAGAGGAUGAGAGUGAAGUGCGGCGUUUGCUCGAUCUAUUUAUACAAGUGCUACCUAUAAACUAUUACAACGCUUCAAUAGGAACAAAGCUAGAGGACGAGCACAGAAGGUGCUGCAUUUGCUACGAAGUGUAUAAAGAAGGCGAGACACAGAAAAGGCUGCCGUGCACACAUUCAUAUCAUUUAGAGUGUAUAGACUGCUGGUUGCUUCGUAGCUACUUCUGUCCUAUUUGUAAGUACGAUCUCAGAAAGGAUUGCAGACAGCUUCAUCUCUUCCUGUCUACUUAA